AUGUUCGAGAUCCCAGAAGCAAAACGCGUCCGUCGCGAUGAUAUCCUCUCCCGCGAAUCCUCCUCCCCAUCACCUUCUCCACCCCCAGAAAUAGCAUAUCAAAAUGGCCACCAGCGCCUAGCCGAAUUACUCAACUUCAACGUCGACGUCUUUGCGCCUGAGCAGACAACCGCUGCGACCGAAAAUCCAGAACCAACAGAGACCAACAACUCAGAACAAAAAGGAGGAGAGGACGAAGAACAAGAAUUCGAAUUCAGGCUCUUCAGCGCACCGAAACCGUCCACCACAACACCUAUCGCACCACAAAAAGAUCAAAAGAGAGAUGAAUCUGGCGCAUCACAAACACAGAAACUACGAAUCCGAGUACGCUCGCCAACGCCCGGUCCCGCGGAUCUGUCAGAGGGCAGAUUCGUGAAUCCGUUCCGUGGAUGGCGUUAUUAUUUCACGACUCCGGGCCUACUUUCUGGUUCGAAAGAGAAUAAAGUCGAGGAUGAAGAGCUGGGGCUGAAACGUAGACAAUUCAAGGAUGUCGCUGUUACUGGAGAACAUAUGCUUGGUUGGGCUAGUGUGCAGCCUUGGCCCGGCUGCCAUCUUCCCUGGCGUGUCAUCCACCUCAAACGCCAACACACCAAACUACCCAGAGACUCCUCCAUCCCUGCUACCGCAGUAUACACGACCGACCCCUCAACAACACGAACGCCCAAAUCCCACAAAAAGCCCGGUAAAAAGCGACGCAUUCAGCUGCGCAAGCGCGUGACGGCCGCGGAGACGGCGAAGCAGGCCGAUGCGGAGAAGCGAAAUCGCAAGAAUCGCGAGAGGAAGAUUAAGCGCAGGCAGAAGGCGAGGGAGCAGAAGGCUGCGGCUGCGGUGGCUAAUGGGGAGGAUCCGGAUGUUGUUAUGGCGGAUGGGGGUGGGGAUGAUUCAUCUGGGGGUGAGGAGUAG